GGAAACGGCGAAGGGGAGGCGCCGUCAGAUGACGCAGAAACGCGCGUCCGCCCGUUUUAUGGCUCCGGGCGGACGCCGGAGUCGCGCAACAUUGGUUCCGACGUGCGAAAGCGUCGGCUCCGGAAGAGGACAAAACCGUAAUCGGAAGCGGCGAGGAGAGUCGCCGUUAGAUGACGUCGGCGGCGCGCGUCCUCCCGUUUAAUGACUCCGGGCGGUCGCCGGACCCGCGCAACAUUGGUUCCGCGUUGCGGAGGCGUCGGCUCCGGAAGAGGACGAAGCCGUGACCGGAAGCCGCGCCCGGAAGUGACGUCGGCGGCGCGCGUCCGUCUCUCUCCGCGUCCGGGGAGGAAACGCGGAGCCGCGCAACGGCGGUUCCGCGCGGCGGGAGGCGCGAUGGGGGUGAAGCUGGAGGUGUUUCGGAUGUCGCUCUACCUCACCUUCCCUGUGGUCAUGUUCUGGGUUUCGAACCAGGCCGGGUGGUUCGAGGAGUCGGUGGUGCGGAGGAAGCUCCGCGAGAUGGAGGAGUUCAAGAGGAAGCUUCGCCGCCGGAGGGAGGAGAGGCUGCUCCAGGCCGCCCGGCAGAGCCCCUGAGCCCCCCGAUUCCGAGGGGGACCCCAAAGGGCCCUGAGCCCCCCGAUUCCGAGGGGGACCCUAAAGGGCCCUGAGACACCCCACUACCCGAUACCGAGGGGGACCCCAAAGGGCCCUAAAGACCCCCCAAUGGGCCCUGAGCCCCCGAUUCCGAGGUGGACCCCAAAGGGCCCUGAGGCCCCCUAAUACCUGAGGGCCCCCAAAAAAAGCCCUGAGGCCCCCAAUAUCCGAGGGGUCCCACAAAGGGCUCUGAGGAACCCCCAAAAGGGCUCUGAGGCCCCCCAAUACCCGAGGGGUCCCCCAUAGGGCCCUGAGGAACCCCCAAAAGGGCUCUGAGGCCCCCCAAUACCCGAGGGGUCCCCCUAAGGGCCCUGACGCACCCCACUACCCGAGGGAAUCCCCCAAAGGGUCCCGAGACUCCUGGGGCUCCCCCAAAAAGCCCUGAGGCCCCCCAAUACCCAAGGGGGCCCCAAAGAGCACUGAGGCCCCCUAAUACCCGAGGGGACCCCCAAAGGGCCCUGAAAAUCCCCAGGGUCCCCCCCAAAGUGCCCCGAGAUCCCCACUACCCAAGGGAGGACCCCAAGACCCCUCCCCUCCCCGAGAGGUCCCCCAAAAGGGCCCAGAGACACCACUAAUACCCAAGGGGCCCCCCAAAGAGCGCUGACAAUCCCCGGGGUCCCCCCCAAAGUUUCCCUCCAAACCGGGGUCCCCCUCGAGGAAAUGACACGUUCGCUCCAUAAAAGCUCAGCUCGUCUUCA